AUGGCUUUCCUCCUUCAGAAAGAGCAGUCCUACCUUGACAGCAUCGAUCUAAAGUCCAACGAAGGGAAUCUCUCCAUCGAGUUCAACGCCGAUUCAACGAUCCAUCUAGAGUAUAGAAACGGUCCGCUGGUCUACCCUAACAAUGGCAGCGAUUUCAGGAAAUUCCAGCUCCAUGAUUUCGCAACAUCAUUGUACAUGGAGGACGACGCACAAGACCUCAAGCUGCUUACUACGACAAACACAUGGUUUACUAGUAGUAGACCCCAAACCAAGUACUGGUUUGACAUCGAGCCCACCAAGACUCAGCAGAAUGACGAAAAUUUGAUACGGCUGUUACAAAAACUAUUGACCGAUGACGAGGUCAAGCUUCGCAUAAAGGGGGCCCCGAAAGUGAAGCUGGAUGGAAUGCCGAGGGAGUACAAGGUCAAGUGGGAUAAGACGAUAACAAUGAAUGGCUUCGGCGGAAUCUCCACAUUCAAGAGUUGGCGAGACGACACGUUCCUCUAUUCCGAUCUUCUAGCAGACUGGGAAAAUGACCAAGAUGCCCCAUUCCACUACUAUACCAUAGGCGAUUUCACCAACGCUGAAAACACACGAGGCCGUCUUACAAUCGACAUCAGUCGCAUCGCGGUCGAUGUGUAUGCGGAUGGCAACACUCACUUUGGCACAGGCAACAUCACGGUGUUGGGCGGCCUACCAGAGCAAUCAAGCUGGCAAGGAGCAGAUGUAGAAAUCCGUCUGCUUGACAACACAACCCGUGAUGAUAUUGAAGACGCCAUGCGGGGGAUGGAAGAUAUCCAAAUGAAAGUUCGAAUGGACUAG